GCGGCUCCUCUCGGUGUUGUUUAUCUGCAGAAAUCGGCGUUUACGGGUAACUUGUUCUGCUCGCUGCUUAAAAUAAGUCGCUGUUGAGUCCGUUUGUUCUCGUUGCUGCAACAUGUCGUCUGUGGAAGUUCGUGCUGCGCUUCCAGCCGCAGAGAACCAGGUGAAGAUGGGAAAAGGCGCCGCAGCAGGUCCGAGGAGAGCUGCUCUCGGAGAGAUCACCAACUUUCCUGCAGCAGCACCGGUCAACACGAAGAAAACGGGACGAGCCAAAGCAUCAGCCAAAGCAUCUUGUGCCCAAAAAGCUAAAGCCACUGCGGUCACAGUGGCGCUUCCGGUUGUGCAGGUCCAAGCACCUGCAGAUCCCCUCCCCCCAGUUUCAGAGGAGUCAGCUGAUGUGUCCAUGAAGGAGGAGCAGGAGCUGUGCCAGGCUUUCUCUGAGGCACUGCUCACUGUGCAGGACGUCGACGAGGAGGACGCGGACUUGCCACAGCUCUGCUCGCAAUAUGUCAAAGAUAUCUAUAAUUAUCUACACGUCCUGGAGGUGCAGCAGGCGGUACGAGCCAACUACAUGCAGGGUUAUGAAAUCACUGAACGCAUGCGAGCUCUUCUGAUCGACUGGCUGGUCCAGGUUCACUCCAGGUUCCAGCUGCUGCAGGAGACUCUGUACCUCACAGUUGCCAUCCUGGAUCGUUUCCUCCAGGUCCAGCCCGUCUCUCGCCGAAAGCUGCAGCUCGUUGGUGUGACGGCCAUGCUGGUGGCCUGCAAGUAUGAGGAGAUGUACGCUCCCGAGGUCGGCGACUUCGCCUACAUCACAGACAACGCCUUUACCAAGUCUCAGAUUCUGGAGAUGGAGCAGGUGGUUCUGAGGGGCCUCAAUUUUGAGCUGGGACGUCCUCUUCCACUACACUUCCUGCGACGGGCUUCCAAGGUCGCUAAUUCUGAUGUAGAGAGACACACGCUGGCCAAGUACCUGAUGGAGUUGACCCUCGUCGACUACGACAUGGUGCACUACCGGCCCUCUGAGAUCGCCGCCGCUUCCCUGUGUCUCUCCCAGCUGCUGCUUGAGGGGCAGCCGUGGUCUCCUACACAGCAGCACUACUCGACUUAUGACGAGGCCCACCUGAAGCCAAUCAUGCAGCACAUCGCCAAAAAUGUUGUGACUGUAAAUGACGGGAAAACAAAGUUCCAGGCCGUCAAGAACAAAUACUCGAGCAGCAAGCUGAUGAAGAUCAGCCUCCUCCCUCAGCUGAGGUCCUCCAUCAUCAAGAACAUGGCGGCUGCUCUACUCAACAAUCCUUGAGGUGGAACUUCCACAUUUCAAUGAGACAUUUCAUUUGCACUUUAUUUCAGAUCACUGUGGAGAAACUUUUCUAGCACUUUUUAAAAAUGUUUUUAGUUUUUGAUUCAAACAUCGUGGUUUUGUUUAGAUCACAUUCUUUAUCAGUGAUUUCUUUCCAAAAUUUUAAUGCACAAAUCAUGUUGGCAGCUUUAUAUUUUUGGGGGGGUAUAGAUUUUAUUCUGCUCCCACAAGGCUUUCAGAGCACUCUGCAAAAGACCCAUGAGCAGCUCACACUAUGCUUGCUGUUGCUGCCUUAGUGUAAAACUGGAAAGACUCACUGCAAUAACCACAUCCUAUAGGACUGUUUUACCUUAAGUGUGUCUUGGCUUGUUAAUAGUUGUACACACCUGGACACUAAUGUCUUGAGCAUCUAAAUGCUCUAGAGCUGAGUCUUAUAAGUUUCAUGCAGGUUGUGGAUACUCUUUAUGGAUGUGUUUGAAAUAUCUGUCCAGAUUUAUUGAGCUUGUCAGCUACUAAACUGCCUGACGGCUCUGCCUAAGAUUGUACGAAUACCUUUUAAUAAAGGCUGUUUUACCACUUGAAA